UCGAAUAUUUAUUCGAUUCGAAUGGUAAAUUCAAUUCGAACGGUAACAAUCAAAUAAAACUUUUUCUUCGUUCAAUUCUCCCAGAAAAAUUCAAAAUUGCCUUGCUUUCCACUUCCCGCCAUUUUUUCUUCUCUCACUCUUCGCGCUCGUCUUCAUCCACCGAACACACCGUUUGAUCGAUUGUCAUUGUGGUUGUUUGAGUUGAGUUGAGUGGAAGAAGAAGAAGAAGAGUAAGACCAGGCAAAGAGAGAUACAACACCAAAAAAUUGGAGAAGAGAAGCAAAAUGCCGAGAACCCGUCGCAGUUCCUCUUCCGAUGAGGAACAGGAGAAAUCCAGAAAGAUUCCAAGGCGCCUCAAGGGGAAAGUGUCGUACACAGAGGACAGCGACGGUGACGACGAAUCAAAGAGAAACUCUGAUGACGACCAGUCUGUGGUCUUGGAAAUCUCUUCAGAGGAAUCAUCUGAGGAAGACAUGAUAGAAGAUGAUGAUUAUCAAGUGGGGCGCCGACGCAGUAAACGGGUGGCAAAGGACAAAAAGAGCAAGCAACCUGCUGCUGCUGAAACGGCGACAACAGCCCGAACUCGCCGUGUUUCAGCCCGCAACAACAAAUCCACCACCAGCAUGCGAGACGACUCGGAUGAUGAUGACUUUGGUUCCGAAGAUGACAACAUGGUGGAAAGCACAAAACUCACAAAGCUGGAUGAUGAUGAUUCAGUCAAUGAGCAGCAGGCCCUGAAGCAUCGCGUGAGCACGGAAUCUGGAGAGACAAAGGCAUCGGAUUACUCGGACAGUGGCGGUGAAGAGGCGAAUGAUGAUGACGACAACUUUCUUGCGGAUGAUUAUGUAGAAGAUGAAAAACCCAAGGGGAAACGAAAGGCAACCAAACAGGCGGCAAAACCAAAGCCCGAGUUUGACCCCUACAAAAUCCAUAGAAUCAUUGCAUCGCGAACCGAGACACGGUCUACAUGGUUCGACAUGUGCAAAGCAGCAGACACAUCCGCCAUCCAUGCAGGAAGUCGCUGGAUCCAAAAAGAACCUGCAAAGGAAGACCACAACACGCUGGAGGAACGCUUUCUGGUCAAGUGGAAUGACUUGUCUUUCAUGCACUGUUCCUGGGAAACUGAAUUGGAUCUCGUGGAAUCCAUUGAUGGGGCCAAGCCGGCCAUUGCUGUCUUUCGUCGAAAAGCAUGCGACGAUGGCAGAAUUUACACCACAGACGAACGAUGCGACGGGGAAUACUUUGAUCCAGCGUGGGUGCAAGUAGAGAGAAUUCUGGAGGUUCAUUUGCCACAGGGGUGUCCGCCAGCAACAGCAAAAGACAAUCAAGCACGCCCCGAGGAUUUUGGCGUCGUCUUGGAAAAGGAUGCCGACGACUAUGAGGACGGACUCGGGAGACAAUUCUUUGUCAAGUGGAUGCACCUUCCCUACUCUGAAGCAACCUAUGAAUACGAAAGGGAUCUCAUCCUGUGUGACAUUUCGUAUGUCGAGCAAAUCCAAGAGCUUGAGAAGCGGUCUACUCAGACACCACUUGAAACCGCCAAGCAACGAAAGAAGAUUGGCGAAACUGAGGCACGUCGGCUCUACAAAGAUGUGUUCGGUGAAAGGAGCGAGGCGAAACUGGAGAAUGGGCCGGCUCAAUACCAGGAGUCCUUGGAGCAAAUUCAGUACCCAAACGGCGGCAAGCUGCGUGACUACCAGGCUGAAGGAGUUGCUUGGUUGAUGGCAAACUACAUCAAUGAUCGCGACUCUAUUCUUGCGGACGAAAUGGGUUUGGGGAAGACAAUUCAGGUUGCCGCUUUCCUUGGCCGUCUGGCAUCCACACUGCAUCGACGUGGGCCGUUCCUCAUCGUCGUUCCAUUGUCAACUCUUGGCAACUGGAAGAAAGAGCUUGGAGCCUGGUUGGGUCUCAAUACAGUUGUCUACCACGGCAAAGCGGCUGAUCGGAAGAUGAUACGACAUCUGGACAUGAUCUUUGAAGGCGAUCGUCCUAGCUCCGUUCGUUCCAAUGAACUGUACCUGCGAAAGUGCUCUCGGUCACGGCGAGCCACGAUUGGCAAUCCGUGGAUGGCAGAAGUAGUGCUCACCACACCAGAGAUGAUUUGCACUGAUGAUUACAUGGAACUGACAGCAAUCAACUGGGAAUGCAUGGUGGUAGAUGAGGCUCAAAAACUGAAGAGCCGUAGAUCCAAGAUCGCAACCAAUCUAAGAGACCCCUCCUUUCACUUUACCCACAAGAUCCUUCUGACAGGAACUCCAAUCCAAAACAACAUGGAGGAACUGUUUGCUCUCCUGAGCUUUGUUGACCCGAAGCAGUUCCCAGAUUGUGAUGAUUUCAUGGAUCGGUAUGGAUCUAUAGAAAGCAAGGAGAGUCUGGACAUGCUCCAUGAAGAAAUCAGGCCCUACAUCCUAAGGCGUCUCAAGGAAGAUGUGGAGAAGAGUGUGCCACCGAAGGAAGAAACAGUCAUUGAAGUGGAACUGACCCUUGCCCAAAAGCAAUACUACAGGGCCUUGUAUGAGAAGAAUGCCAAGUUUUUGCUGAAGAACAAGAAAAAAGCUGUGGACGGCCCUAGUCUGACCAACCUUGCCAUGCAACUCAGGAAAUGCUGCAACCAUUUGUUCCUUCUUAAAGGAAUUGAAGAAGAGUUUCGUGUCAAGCAUUGCAAGGGAGGCCAGGCCCUAUCGGAUGGUGAUCUCCUAGUCAAGGGAUCGGGAAAGCUUGUGCUGCUUGACAAGUUGUUGCCUCGCUUGAAGGACAAUGGUCAUAGGAUCCUCCUCUUUUCCCAGUUCAAGAUCAUGUUGGAUGUUUUAGAGGACUACAUGGAUGACCGAAGCAUCAAAUUCGAAAGGAUUGAUGGCUCCAUCACUGGCCAACAGCGCCAACAAGCCAUUGACAGGUUCCAAGCACCUAUAUCCCAAGGCAAAGAACCACCUUUCAUCAUGCUUCUGUCCACUCGAGCUGGUGGUGUUGGGAUCAACCUUACUGCAGCUGACACCUGCAUCAUCUUUGACUCUGAUUUCAACCCCCAAAAUGAUCUCCAGGCCCAAGCUCGCUGCCACAGGAUUGGGCAAACGAAAAGUGUAAAAGUGUACAGGUUGCUCAGCCGGCAGACCUAUGAAAUGCAGAUGUUCCACAUGAGCUCCCUCAAGUUGGGGCUUGAUCAAGCUGUCCUUUCUGGGUUUGAAGGUGGUGCAGAAAGCGCUUUGAGCAAGGACGAAGUGGAAAGCUUGCUUCGGAAAGGGGCGUACUCAAUCCUGGGAGAAGACAAAGAAGGGGCCGCGGCAGCCUCAAAUGCGUUUGCUGCAGACGACAUUGACACAAUCUUGCAGCGCCAUAGUCGGUUGAUUGUGCACGAGAACACUGGCACUGGAAGUGCUUCCGCAGGUGGGAAGUUUUCAAAGGCCCGAUUUUCUUCCUCCUCGCCUUCAAAGCAAAAGACCGAACAAGAAGAUGUUGCUGUUGACGAUCCUCGGUUUUGGCAGAAAAUGCUUGGCCAUGUUGCUGUACCGGUAGGGGAUGAAAAUGGGGAAGACGUGAUAGUUCAAGGGAAACGAGUUCGCAGCGUGCGCAACUAUGCAGAGUCCGUCUAUGACCAGGAGCUCCAAGCCACGCUGCGCGAUAGCGACAACGAAGCCGACGAUGGGGACGACAACAAUGGAGCCAGUGACAGUGAGAAUGAAGACGAUUCUUUUGAACAAGGCGAAGAAUCCGAGAGCGACGACGAAAACGAAAUCGAGGUGCUUCUCUCGCCAGGAGGAACCCAGGCUCACAAAGCUCCGGAAAAUAACACUCCCCAGGCCGACGCAAGCUCAAGCCAACCUGAAAUUCAACCUGACGAAGCUCCGACAAAUAAGAGAUCUCAGGCCGACGCAAGCUCAAGCUUACCUGUCUGA